AUGGAUUCUCCCUAUGCAAAUGGAGCCUACACACCCCCGUACCCACCAGCUCCCAGUGCUGCCCCACACUAUGCCAGCCUGCCACAGACACGAGGCUACUACUGCUCGGGGCCCCCCCAGGCCCCCUACCCCACGGAGUCCACGGCCCUGUACCAGCCCCCAUCGCCUGCUCCCCCCUGGAGCUAUGCCCCACAGGACUGCCCCACUGAAGGGUCCUCUCUCCGCAGGCAGCAGGUGCCUGGCUACUCCCCACCACAGACCCCAGGAAUGCCCAUCCCUCAGUAUCCAUAUGGAGACAGCAAUCCAGGGAUCACAGCACAAGGGCCUCCACCACAGCCCAGACCCCCAGAGGACACCUGGGCCUCCCCCACUGCCUAUGGGGUGCAGCCACGUUAUGGGUGGCACACAGCCCCCGUGCAUGGGAACCCUUUUGUCUCAGAAUCCCACCCACCCUGGGCUGCCAGUGGGGCUUCUACCCACCCUCCUGCCUGGGACCCAAAGGUAAGUGAUUAUGACAAACCUGAGCAAGGCACAAACCAACACAGCUACUACUCUGAUGUCAACCACCAGCACUCUGGGACAAUCAGUGACCAGAGGCCAGCCAGCACCAAGCCACCCCCCUGCAAGGCCAAGGUGCAGUACAGUGCCCAGCCCCAGAUGUACGAUGCGGCCCCUCGCAAGCCUGUGCCUGGCAGCAGGGAGGUUGGCUUCAGACCUGCUGAGCAGCCUUCCCCCCAUUCUGCAGCCAUCCAGCCAGAGAUUCAGAGGAUCCUCCACAUCAUGAGGGAGGCUGAACAGCUGGAGGAAGAGGUGGAUGAGUUUGUAGGGAAAAAGACAGACAAACCCUACCGGCUUCUGGAGGAGAUGCUGACCAAGCUGCUGCUGGAUCUGGAUUCCAUCGAGACUGGUGGCCAGGACAAUGUUAGGCAGGCCAGGAAAGAGUCUGUCCACAGAAUCCAGGCCAUACUGGAAAAACUGGAAAGAAAGGGACUGUGA